GGGGGAAGAUGGCUGCCCGGCAGUGGAGAUGUCAACCAUGCUGAGGAAUGGAUUCACAACAUGGGUCGGGAAAUGGGAACUCCAUCAAAACAUCAGCGACUAUGUUCUAAACAUUUUGAGGACAGUUCUUUUGAAAUCGAUCCUCUAAAAAUUAGGAAAAACCGGCGCCUACUGAAAGAAGCAGUUCCCAAAAAAUUCAUUUUGGGCGAAGACGGAAACUGGCUUGUUGGAACACCUCAAAGUUUCUGUGGUGGAAUAAGUAAUAAAACUCGAAAACGAAUCCGGAAUCCUGAACAUUUGAAGGUCCCAGGGACAUUUGAUAAUGUUGCAGCUCCUGAAGGGAAGAAUUUAGAAGAGUGGCAAAAGGAGCUUUACAAAAAAGUGAUAAAAGACAAUUAUGAAUCUUUAAUCUCACUGGGUAAAGCCUCCAAAUAUGAUAUUCAGUCACGAGAAGAGCUACGUGUCAAGGCUCAGUGGGGCUUGGAGAAAAGAGAAAUGUCUAUGAAUCCUAGCAUAGUGGAUGAUGGGAUUGUGAUCAAAACUGAAGUGCAGGAUAAUGAGGAAGCUCCAGAAAAUAUGGAACUGCAUGGAUCAUUUUCAGGAAGAUCAGAAGACCUGGUUUUCCAAACUCCUGACAAGGGAAUAAUUUGUGAGAGUCAUUGGAGCGCAGAAACAGAGCCGAGUAAUCUUCCUGGAAGCAGAAUGGGUAACUCUACUCUUGGGAAAGAAGAUUCCAAUAAAUUCAAAGGUAUUCUUUUCUACCAGGAGACACCCACAGGAGAGAGACUAUACCUAUGUACAGAAUGUAAGAAAACCUUUAAGUUGAAGAUAGGUCUUUUAAAACACAAGCAAAUUCAUGCAAAAAAGAAUCCGGUAUCAUCGUACAUAUGUACAGACUGUGGAAAAAGCUUUGGUCGCCAUGCAGAUCUUAUUAGACACCAGAGAACUCACACAGGAGAGAGACCCUAUAAAUGUACAGAAUGCGAGAAAAGCUUUACUGAGAAACCGAGACUUACUAAUCACUUACGAACUCACAACAUCUGCCUGUAACCACUGUGGCAAAAGCUUUAUGGGAACUGAUUUUCCACUCAGUCAUCAACAAAUCCAUCUGAGAAUAUGGACCCUACACAUGUACCAACUGUAGGAAAAGCUUUUGUGUAAGAAGACAUUUUAUAACACUGAAUUGAACUCAAGCAUGAGACGGACCUGUCAUUGUAGCUCAUCUGUUUAAGCCUUGAGAAGCAACUGAAUUUAUUAGCUAUGAAAAUGAUUCAUGCAAGGGGGGAGAACGGACGUAUAAAAGUGUACUGACGAUACCAAAAAUGUCAUUUAAAAAAAAAUCCUAAAACACCAACUAACCUAUACUAGAGAGAGACUGUAUUAUUGCAGAAAACGUGGGAGAAGUUUGACAUGAGGAACCUUUGACCACAUCACCAGAGAAUUUAUGGAACAGAGCAGGAUAAUUUUAGAUAGAAAUUAGAGCUUCAAAGAGCCUUAGAUCAGUUUAACAGAUUUGGCUUCUUGAUGUUAAAAAUAGGAAAUAAAUGGUAAAGUCCAUUAAGCGCAGUCAAAUGACAGUGGUGCCAGUAGUGAAAGCACCAACGCAUGUUAGUAGGCCAAAGACAAAAUGUAGUUCAAACUUCCACAAUUUAGAGUAAUUUACAGCACAUGAGAUGCAGGCUUCAUUUUUGAGCUCCUGGAAGAGAAAACAGAAAUGGAUAAUGUUUUCCUUUCUGUCACUUCUGUGCAACAUGAAUGACGGGAGGCAAAAUUUAUGUAGGAUUAUUCUUCUCUCUAAACCAAAAGCAGCACUGGCUCCAAUUUCAGAGGAAGCGUCAGCAGAUGGAGAUGGGGGGGAAAAAACAGUGGAGUCAUCUGCUUAAAAACAUAAUCAUACACAGGUCAGAAAAUCUUCCAAACCUGUGCAUUUUGUGAAACGCCUUGCUUAAAGGUGGCCUGCAAAGAAUUAAAAAACACCUGUUUUUGUGCCCUUUUUGUUUUUAAA